AUGGCCACUCCUUCGCUCUUACGCUCCUCGGCGUCGUCGUUUAACUGCCAAUUCCUCUCCCUCCCACCGCCGUUGACUGCACGAGUACCUUACGGAAACCGCUAUGGGGUUGUGUCAGUGAGAGCCACUGGAGUUGCUGUUUUGGUGGAGAAAUCAGAAGCAGAGAAAACCAAUCGGCUCAAAACCACUUAUCUUGAAAAAAUCGUUCCUUUGCUUAAAGAAGAGUUCUCUUACACUAACAUUCACCAGGUUCCGAAAAUUCAGAAGGUUGUGGUGAAUUGUGGGAUUGGAGAUGCUGCGCAGAAUGCUAAGGGUUUGGACGCAGCGAUAAAUGAUUUGGCUCUUAUCACAGGGCAAAGACCUGUAAAGACGCGGGCCAGGAAUUCGGUUGCUACCUUCAAGAUUAGGGAAGGCCAACCACUUGGUAUUGCUGUUACGCUCAGAGGAAAUCUGAUGUACUCAUUCUUAGAUCGACUUGUUAACUUGGGGCUGCCCAGGACAAGGGAUUUCCAAGGUGUGACCCCAAACAGCUUUGAUGGACACGGCAACUACAGCAUUGGAAUUAGCGACCAGAGUGUGUUCCCAGAGAUUAGGUUUGAUGCAGUUGGUAAACCCAGGGGAAUGGAUGUUUGCAUUACAACCACAGCUAACACCGAUCAAGAAGCCCAGAGACUAUUGGCUCUCAUGGGUAUGCCAUUUAGAGAAGGUGGUGGUGGUUCUUCCGGUCAGCCUCGCAAGAAGAAGUUGAAGGCACACCACUUUGAUUCAAAAUCGAGGGGGAGGAGCAGGCGAUGA